AUGAGCACUUUUAACGUAGUAACGUCGGAUUUUGUAAAUUUAUCCAUUACUAGUAAUUCCAGCCGUAACUCGUAUUGCGUGGAACGACGAUUUCAAAAAGGAAUAACAAUUGAUGAAUUUAAAGGAAAAUUGGAACUUGUUACUGGCGGUAACCCGGUAACGAUGAAAAUCGAGGUAUAUGAUAAAAAUGACAAAUUAAUUUGCAAAUUAGACGACGGUCGACGUUUGUUAGGCUCGUAUCCUGUUGAUGAUGGAAUGCGUAUACAUAUACUGUGAAAGCAUUUUUGGAAAAAAAUAAAUUAGGAAAAUAUAACGAGGAAGAAAUGAAGAGAAGAGCGGAAGAAAAGAAGCAAGAAGAAGAGACGGAAGUAGCAGCUGCACAGUUGUGCAAAGUUGGCGAUCGUUGUGAAGUUUGUGUACCGAAUCAACCAAAACGAAGAGCUACGGUUAUGUACGUUGCGUCAGUGGGAAAAAAUAUUUCGAGUGUUUACCGAAAUAUGGAGGAUUUGUAAAACCAAUACACGUGAAGAUGGGAGACUUUCCCGAAGAAGAAUUUAACUUGGAUGAAGAGCUAUGA